AUGUCUCGUACUUCAAAAGAUAGAUUUGAUGAACUUUUACAUAACUAUCCAAAAUUCCCGAAAAAGCCGCUGGCAAAAAGCAGUUUGCCGUUCAAAAUUGGCUCAAAAAUAACAAUCAAAAAUUAUAACACUUUCCUUCACAAUUAUGGGUCGUCUGGAUAUAAAUUCUGGUUCAAUUCAAACAAUGACACUAAGACUGGUGAAGUGUAUAUAAUUGAUAUGGCCUCAACCGUACAUGAGGAUGUUGUUUCACGACUUCAAAAAUUUUUCGAAAUUCCCAAUAAUGGAGUUGUUGAUGAUCCUUUAAUCAGAGUCUCUGGACAACCUC